AUGAACACAUCGAAAUUUCUCCUUUCUACCUGCAUGCAGCUCAGGCUCCCCAUCCUCCAUAGCCUUCAUUUCGUCCAUCGCUUCCCGGCCCAGAUCGGACGCACUUUAUAUCCCGUCAAACGCCAGUAUUUCCACCCAGGUUUUGUGAUUUAUCGUUGCACAUAUCAAAGCGAUUCUGACUGGGAAAAGUUCAUGACUCGAUUUCUCUACCAUGUUACCAAAUCUCUCGAAUGCUACAACGGGCUUGACCUAAAAGACAGCUUCGCCCCUACGGUCUUCGAAGACGAAUCUUUCGAUGGAGCGAGUACUGCUUUUUUACGCAAUCAUUUCCAAGAGUGGGCUGCAACAGCACCGCAAGUGGAGCAGGGUGCCGACUAUUGUCGCUUCCCAGCAUCGGGUCGAUAUCGCUUCUUCAUCAUGGUGGACCAAGAGGCUUUAGAAUCCGUUCUAAAGAUACCGAAUCCAGAAUCUAGUGUUAGAACUGGAUUUGUUCGUCUGGCCAAUGGGGUUUGGGAGCCACUAAUCCUGGAUGAGGAGGAAUUAGAGGCGCUUGGACUAUCUGAUCCGUCGGAACUUGAACAGGAGGAACCUCUGGAGGGAUGUAGAUUAGAGGAUGUUGGCUGGAUGAAGCUGUCAUAUGAGGACGCAGAGACCUGGGCUUUCUUGAAUCUUGGCGAUAGCUUAGACUGGUCGGACUUUUACCAGCGUCCUCCACGUGUUGUGACAUGGAUCUAAAUUAUAUAUUUGCAAGACACAAG